UCGUCUGCAUUUGUUCAACGACUGUGUUGAAUUGUGGGUGGAUUGUGUAGAAAAAUGUUGCUGGGUCUUUAUUAAUUUUAAUUAUCGGAAAUGCCGACAAGUUGUCCGUUGCCAUUCAUUGCCAUCUUGAAGUUUUCGUGCCGUGGUAGUACGAUAGUCUUAUCGCCUAAAAGGGAUUACAUUACAUUUGCCAGAAAUGUUGCAGGUAAAUGUAAUGGUAUCCAAUGUAUUCAAGGUCCUACACCAUACCAUGAAGCCAUCCUUUCUAAGAACUCUAGUGAUAGAAGAGUUGACCUAGUUGUGGCUAGUCGUGGCUUCAUUAAGCUGCCUGGUGGACUAGAGAUUGGAAAUAAAAGAAAAGAUUAUUCUGAAAGAAGAUUACUAGGAUAUUCAAUGGAGCAAAUGUACAAUGUUGUUGCGGAAGUUGAAAAGUAUAAAAAUUUUGUUCCAUACUGCAAGAGCUCUGUAGUCACAUCCAGAACUCCUGGGCAUCUUAGAGCUGAUUUAGCCAUUGGCUUUCCACCAUUGCUAGUAGAAAGCUAUACAAGUAGUGUCAUGCUAACCCCACCAAAUUUGGUGAAAUCUGUGUGCUCUGAAGGAAAACUCUUCAAUCAUCUGCUAACAAUUUGGAAAUUUAGCCCUGGACUAAAGGAAAAUCCCAAAAGUUGCCUCUUGGAUUUUUCUAUAUCCUUUGAAUUUCGGUCUGCGAUCCAUUCUCAGCUGUCACAUAUGUUUUUUGAUCAAGUAGUUAGGCAAAUGGUUACGGCCUUUUUGACAGAAGCGAGGAGACGCUACGGGCCUGCAUCCGUAACGGGUCAAAGGCCACAGGUGUUAUCUGCAACGUCAUGAUAUUUAGCUAAAUUGUAAUGUUAAAUACUGUACCUAAAGUUUGACAACACAUUACACAAUUGAAAAAUAA